AUCCCUAUAGAUGUUGUAGUUACUGAUGCCUAUUCUUACCAAGCUAUUGUUGGCAAUGACUGGUUAUCUAAAGUCAAUGCUAAAAUAGAUUGGAAAGAACAACUAUAUGCUCACUCUGAAAUUGAAAAUGGACAAAGAGAUGAAGAAAAAUAUAUAAAAAUUGGAGAAAACAAAGAAGAAAUAAAAUUUAAAGAAAACAAAGUAACAAUUUUAAAGGAAGAAGAUGAACUUAAAGAAAGUGUAAGCAUAAACCCUAAAGAAAAUGAAAUCCUUGAUAGUGAUGAAAUUAUGGAUGUUAAUAACUUUUACCUUGAAAAAAAUUCCUUCCGUGAAAUAACAAACAAUGCCUCUCAUGGCUAUGGUAACACCAAUUUCGAAAUUGCUGAAAUGAUCAUCAAAGAGAAUAACAAUUUACUUGAAGGCUUUGAUUUGGACCUUUCCCCCAAGGAAAAGACUCCCCAGAGUUCAGAAACUUGCAAAGCUUCCCUUGAUAUACCUUUACCAAGAAACCUUUCAAAA